CGUAUUUGUACGCACAUAUGAUUCGCUAUUCUUGCGUGCGUAUAUUAUAGUAUACGCUCAUCCGCGAAUAAAGUUCUUCCCCUUCGUCCCCAACCUCUAGCGAUUAGCGAACGCCUCUGUUGAGAUUUCCGAAUCACCGCCCCUCGAAACCCUAGAUCGAUCGAUCCCCACAAAACCCUAGCCCUAAAGAGGUGAGAUCGGGGAGAUGGGGGGGCACGGAGGCCUCAACAUCCUGCCUCAGAAGCGGUGGAACGUCUACAACUACGAGAACCGCGAGAAGGUGCGCCGCGACGAGGAGGCCGCCGCGCGGGAGGAGCAGCUCAAGCGCGAGCAAUCCCGCCGCCGCGACACCGAGUUCCGCCUCGAGCGCCUCCGCCAAGCCCGCGGCCUCGCCACCCCCACCGCCACCGCCACCUCCUCCGCCGCCGCCGCCGCUAAGCCGGAGGAGGCGGCGCCGCCCUCCGAUUCGCGGCACAUCAACCUCUUCGACGGCGUCCCGGACUUCGCCUCCCUCGCUGGCCAGGACGAGGGCAAGAGGCCGCUGAGAGGCGAGGAGGGGGGCGACGGGGGCUCCAGGAACCCUAAGCGGCGGCGGAAGGAGCAGGAGCCCCCAAAGGUGGUGGCCCCCGAGGACGAGAAGUAUCGGCUAGGGUAUGGAGUCGCCGGGAAGGGCGUGAAGGCGCCGUGGUACCUCAGGAAACCAUCGGCGUCGGCCGAGGAUGCCCUAGACGAGGGUGCGAAGGGGUCCGGUUCUUCCAAUGGCGGAGCCGGAUCAGCGAAGAAGAGUGGGGGAAAGAAGUCGAUAGAGGAGUUGAGGGAGGAGCGGAUGAAGCGGGAGAAGCAGGAGAAGGGGCGGGAGCGGGCGCUUCUUGCAUCCAUGGGUAAACAGAGAGGCGAUCGGAGAUUAUCUAGGCGAGCUACUUAAUUUGGCAACCCAUUGAGCUGGGAGGAGAUUGCCUAGAAGAUCAAUCUGAUGGGUGCAACUUACAGGAUUCUGUCUGAUAAGUCAGCCGAUAUUCAGCACCUUGAGGAGACCAUCAAGUAUCCGAGCCCCAUCUACUAGGGGCAAAAGUUUUCUGAUUUUUGUGGGCUCUGCAAAGCCUGCAAAGAGCUUCGUAGGUAUAUGGAUUCGCUUGCGUGCGAAUCCAUAUGGCUUAAUGUAAUAAAUUGGAUGCUUAGAAAAGUUGCAUUGUGAUACAUGAUCUGUAGAUAGAAUGAUAGAAACUGUCGUAAUGCUUUUUGCCCUUCUUCAUUUAUUUAAAUUUAAAUAUCAAGCUCUCCUAGUUUUCUUCUAUGAGUGUGGGAGAUUACUGUUUGUGAUUGUCAACAAUUGCAGGCAUGUUUAUGUGCCAUUUUACGUGUACAUGUUAAUUUGCUGAU